AUGCUCUACUGGUUGGGGCUGUCGGUGACGGCUGCAGCUGUCGUUGUUCUCGUCAUCCUCUCGACAGUUCCCGGCCCGGCCAGUCUGGCUGCUGCUGCUGGUCCCACGUACUCGAUCCCGCUCGCUCAGGCGGCAGCUAAUCUGGUUCUGGUCCACACGGCCCUUGCUGGCUUUGUCUAUCGCGACACGCAUGCGCUUCAACGCCGCCUUCCGCUCUCGCAUCAGCUGACGAUGGCCGCUUUCGAGACGGUCCUUGUCGUCAUGGCAGUCGCCGCUGCCCUCGCCCCGGUCGUUCCGCCACUUGGGCCGCUCUUGAUGCCUCAUUGCUCAGCCUUCCCGCUGCCUCCGAUUGCUGUCGACUCGGUCACUCUUACUGGCCUGGCGGUGGUCGGCCUUGGAAGCCUACUGCUUCGCAAGGCGGCGGCGGCUACGAUGAACUGGUCGCUGGCGGCGGCAGCAACGGCGGCGGCGGCCGGACGCGAGCGCCCGUGGCGGAUGCCGUACGCCACGCCGUUCUCCAUCAUCCGGCAUCCAGUCCGGCUGGCACAUGCAGGCGUCGGCGCUGUGGCGCUUGUGGCCCUCAACCAGGGCGUGUGUCCGGUGAUGCUGUACACGGCGCUGGCGCUACUCCUGGGCUCGCAGCUAGUGGUCGGUGUCGCCGCCGACGAGGCUGCCUCCGGGUCCCGCAUCGAGUCAUUCCAUGGUUGA